UGCAAGAGCCAACGCACAUUCGCUCGUCGGCACCCAACAAGUAAAGGGUGUCGGGUACGUUGUGGAAGUGAAGACCCGUGUUAUCCAAUUGUUGCUACUCGUCGGCCCCUCCUGGAGACCGGAUGUGUUGUGUUCGUUUAAUGUGAAGGUGUAAUUCGUUUACUACAACAUGGAUGAUGAUAUAAGGAGAAGGACUAGGGUCCUUUUGAUGUCCUUGCGGUAUCAGAACUGGUGGCAAAGCUUCAAAAACCCCUUCGACUACCGUCCAGAACUAUACAGGGACUUAGAUUUUAAAGACGACUUCGUGAUAACCUUUGGCUACCGUGGCAGCAGCGUAAAGGUGCCUUUGGUACUAUUCUGUUCAAUUUCCACGAAGAUGCAGGCUAUGUUACUUACCAGACCACGUCGGGGGCUCAGCAUCAGCCUCAAGGGCGAGGCUGCCUAUCCUUUCUGGUGGUUGAGGUCCUUUCUGGAGCACAAGACGCCCUUGCCGGGUGUGCAGGGAACUGCUGAAGUGAUGCUCAUGGCGCACAAAUACGACAUCCCUGGACUCGUCAGCAUGAGUCGUGCUAAACUUCGUAACUUCCUCAGCAUUGAAAACUUUCCUCACGUGUUCAACGCAGCCCAUGAAACUGAGGAUGACGAGAUUCUACAGGAGUGUGGCCAUAUGAUCGCCGCGUGGACAGACGAGAUACUUUCCUUGCCCAAUUUAUCAGUUCUAAGCAAGAAGGCGAUGGUCAGGCUGCUGGAGCAUCGCAGACUGUCUCCUUCCUCUGAGCUCAAAGUAUUCAACGCCGCCAUUAACUGGUGGAACAACUAUCGCAGGAGGUAUAACGAAGACCCAGUUUUUUGGAUGACUUGCGCUGUUGCUUGGACAAAGUCAGAUAUCUACUUAUGACUGAACAAGAAUUUAAAGAAAACGUUCUUCCAUCUGGUGUGAUUCCUUUCGAGGAUGUGGAGGUGAUGCUGAAGGUGGUAGGGAGGAAAGAGAAGAGUCGGCGUGCUCUUGCAUGUUAUGUUCAAGACACUGCGUUGCAGGGAGCAUCACGCCCAAAACCACCUAAGAUCGUACAUUUCAGCUCAAGUAUUGAGAAUGUGAUUACACAGCAGUUGGAAUUAACGCACAAAAGGUAUGAAGGCGACCGGUACAUCGCUUGGUUCACAGUGAACAAAGCGUGCAGCAUUCGUAGAAUUUCUUCUCUAUCCGUCAUCGACAAAGGCAACUUCCUGU